UCUCACAGCCAACAUGAAGUUCUUGAUCCUCGCCGCUGUGGCCGCCGUGGCUGCCGCCGUCCCCCAGGGAUACGGUGCCCCCCCUCCUCGCUACGCCUCCAGCGAGGAGAUCGCCAUCUUGAGGGACGACCGUGUGAUCGAGGACGACGGAAGGUACAACUUCGACAUGGAGACUGCCAACGGCAUUGUAGUGUCAGAGCACGGCACUCCCGGAGAUAAGGGAGCCAUCAACAGUGCCGGAUCCUUCUCAUACACCGCUCCUGACGGCACUGACGUCCACCUCCAAUUCGUUGCUGACGAGCGUGGCUUCCAGCCCCAGGGCGCCCACCUGCCCGUGGCCCCCGAGUUCCCCCACCCGAUCCCUCAGUUCGUCCUCGACCAGAUCGCCUUCGCCGCCGAGGAGGACGCCCGCAAUGCCAAAAGGCCCUCAGGCACCUACGGCACCCCUCAGUAAAUGUAAUCCCAAAGUCUUUCCAUAGAGACAUAGUAUACGUAAGCAUAUCUAUAUUAGAAUAAAUUAUUU